AUGAAUGCUUCAAUCUGCGAGCCUGAGAGCGCUCAUAAUACAAUCCUAUCAGACGUGGAGUUACCUCAAAUCCUGCAAGAUAUCAUUAUCGUCUGCAUAACCAGCCCGCUUUCUUUGGCCGGCUGCAUCAUCAACGUAAUCAACAUCAUCAUCUUCUUGAAAAUGGACAGGGGGCAAACGAUAAACAUCAGCCUCUUAGCUCUGUCCAUCUCCGAUGCGACUGCGCUGCUUGGAACGUUCUGGGCCACCAUCUGUCUGAACCCCUGGAUGAAAAACUCCAAACACGUGCCCUUUCUUCCCCGCGAGAUUCACCUCGCUACAGGAAGCUGGAUGCACAACACUUUUGUCCGAAUCUCUGCAUGUAUAACGUUCUUGAUAUCCGCGGAGAGAUGCAUCUGUAUCUUAUGGCCGAUGAGGAUCAAAGCUCUCGUCACCACUCGAAAAAUUAAAGGAAUUAUUAUCACCACUUUUUUGUGGGGGGUAGCCAGCCAGUGCCCGUAUUUCUACACGACACGAUUUGUGUGGAAAUAUUCCGAAGAAAGAAAUGCGUCUCUUCUUGGCUUGACGUAUAUCAGAAAUCGGGACGAUAUUGAACUCCCGAUGUACGUUCUGACAAACAUCGUUAUUCAAUGGAUCAUUUUCUUCGGGGAUGUGAUAUUCACGGCGGUUCUCAUUUUCAAACUGAAACAACAAUCAAAAUGGCGCAUACUGAUGGGGCAGACGGCAGCAUUUGAAGCGACCCAGAAACGCGACGCGAGAGUUACCGGCCUUGUCUCAGCAAUCUCAGCCAUCUUUAUCGUCUGCUAUUUCCCAAACACGGUCAACUUCGCCUGUCUCGUCACCGUGCCGGGCUAUAACCUUUUCGAGCGUUACGAACAUAUCCUGGUGUUAGUGUCUACCCUCACCUUCUCCCUGGAAGCUUUCAACUCUUCCAUCAACAUCUUUGUCUACUACAAGUUCAGCUCCCAGUACAGGGCGGAGUUCCAACAUUUGUUCCGCUCUUCUACGUCCACGGGGUCGGCCUGA